AAAGAACAAGUUGAGAUCUCUCAGUUUUGGGAAGCAUGGCAAGAAAGAACAACAAACAUUAUGAAGAUGGAAUCUUUAGAUUGGAGCUAUUUACAUGAACGUGAUAAUGAAUUAAACAAACAUCUGGGUGUGAUAAGGAGAAAAAUACGUAGAUUGUUAGGUGACAACCAAAAGGUUCCAGAAAGAGAUGUUGAUGUCAAUAUUGAGAAUAAAACUCCUGAACCUACUGAACAAAUUUCUCCAGAUUCAUUAAAUUCUUCUCGUUCAUCAUAUCAACCACAUACUAGUUCUGAUGAUGACGAAACAAUAGUUAAUAAGUUAAAGAAAUUUGAUUAUCUUGUUGGGCUGGGGAAAAUAGAGCUUGAUCUAAACAGAGAUUCUAUUCGGUGGAUGGUUGAUGACUUGGAUAUUUCAUCUAUCAGUGAAUUAUUUUGCAAUAAUUCAAUAGAAAAAUCGCAAUGCCAAGUUCUUUCAGUACAUGAAGAACUCGUUGAAAUGAAAGGUCCUUCAUUACGUGGGAAAAUUAUAUUUGGAAUAUAUGGCACUUGUGCGAAGUUUUCUGGUAGUAUUGUUACAUCUGGAUGCACUAGUAUUGGUCCUGAUAGUUCUAAUGACAAUAGAAAUGUCGGUACAAAGUUUUUGUUAUCUAUGCAUGCUGUUGCAAUGGGAGGACAAAUUGACAAUUAUUUAAAAAUUAAAAACGACGCCGACGUUUUUGGAACUACAACGAUUGGGACUAGUGGAUUUAUCCUUGUAAUUUUACCUCUCCUAUUCUCAUUCAUUUCAAUUUUUGCAUUCUACAUGGGAGAUCAAUCUGUAGGUGAAGGAGGUAACAUCAAUGGACCCGGAAAUAUGGCAGCAAUUAACAAUCAGUCACCUGUUCAUCCAUAUCAACAACCUUUCAAUCAGCCACCUGUUCCUCAUUAUAAUGAUCAACAAUCCUCACCUCCACCUUAUACAAGUUCUCAAUAUGGUGAUCGAUAUAAUAAUUAUCAAUUUCCACCUCCACAAUCUUAUCCAAAUUCUCAAUAUGGUAAUCAAUAUAAUAAUUAUCAAUCUCCACCCCCACAAUCUUAUCCAAAUUCUCAGUAUGAUCAAUAUAAUGCGAAACAAAAUCCAUAUUCAAGACCACUACCUCCACUACCUCCACAAUCUCCACAAUCUUAUACAGAUCAUCAACCUUAUUCGAGCACCGACCAUGAACCUGCUAUGAUGUAA